AGUUUGAAUAUUACACACAUGCAACCGAGAGAAGCACACGUGAGAAUAUCACACAGCACAAGUGUACAGAGCACUAGUGACUGUUACCAAACACUGGAUAUGUCCCAGCAAACAUCAGAAGAUGAGAAUGAACUAAAGAAUCUGGAACCACAUGCAGUACACACACAGAAUAAAAAAGAUUUGAAAAACAAAGGAGAAGAUUUAAACUUGUCUCAACAAAGGAUCCCUAUAGAGGAAAACCCUUCUCAGAUUGCGGAGUGUUCAAAAACAUUCAAACAAAAGGAAAGCAUUCCAUCGGAAGACAUUAUUUAUACAGAGGAGAAACAAUUAACUUGUUCAGAAUGUGGAAAAUGCUUUUCCAGCAAGUAUGGUCACCUUAUACACCAAAUGAUCCACACAGGGGAGAAGCCUUUCAUAUGUUCAGUAUGUGGGAAAUGUUUUUUACAAAAGUCAGACCUCCUAAGACACCAUAAGGUUCAUACAGGGGAGAAACCUUUUCAAUGUAAAGAGUGUGGAAAAUGUUUCUCAUAUAAGAGCAAUCUCCGAUCUCAUGAGAAGCUUCAUACCGGGGAGAAACCAUUUACAUGUACAGAGUGUGGAAAAAGCUUUGCAUUAAAAUUAUAUCUUCUAAAACACCUAAAUAUUCACACAGGGGUAAAACCUUUCACAUGCCCAGAGUGUUUGAAAUGUUUUAUGCAAAAGUCCGACCUCGUAAAACAUCAAAGAAUUCAUACAGGGGAUAAGCCAUUUACAUGUACAGAGUGUGAGAAAAGUUUUGCUUGCAAAUCAUAUCUCCUACACCAUCAAGAAAUACACAGAGUGGAGAAACCAUUUAAGUGUAAAGAAUGUGGGAAAACCUUUACAUACAUCAAUGGUCUCCUAAAACACCAAAGAAUCCAUACAGGGGAGAAACCAUUCAUAUGUACAGACUGUGGGAAAUGUUUCACACACGACAGUAAUCUCACGUAUCAUAAAAGGACCCACACAGGGGAGAAACCUUUUGCUUGUAAAGAGUGUGGGAAAUGUUUCACGCACAAAGGUAAUCUCACAUCUCAUGGAAGGGUCCACAAAGGGGAGAAACUAUUCACUUGUAUGGAAUGUGGCAAAAGUUAUUCAUACAAGUCAGAUCUCAAAAUGCAUCAAAGGAUUCAUACAGGUGAGAAGCCGUUCACGUGUACAGAGUGUGGGAAAUGCUUCACGCAAAAGAAUCAUCUCACAUGUCAUGAAAGGACCCACAGAGGGGAAAAGAAUGAGUCAUCUUUACGUGUGCAUAAUAUGGAUACAGUUAAUUCUUCUUAACCACCAAAAUAUUCAUACCGGGUAAAAACUUUUGCAUGUAUAGAAAGUGGAAACAUAUCCAAAAGUUUAAAUAAACUAACAAUUCAUUCAUUGGAGAAGAACAGUAUGUAGGAAAAUCUCUAGAAUCAAAGCAAGGUCUCAUAAAUCUUCAGAAGAUUCUAAUAGAGAACCGUUCACAUAAUUAGAAUAGGCUAAAAAGCUUUUUACAAAAGCCAUUUAUCUUAAUAUACAAAUAUUUAAACAUGGCAUGUGUACAGUUUUCAUGUUAUAAGCUAUUCUUUAGUACAGAGGAAUAUUUAGUCCACCACAUUAAAUCUGGUGUGAAGAGAAUUCCCUCCCUUUGUCCUCCAUAUUGUUAGCUACUCAUUUCCAUAGAUUCAAGAAAACUCAUCUGUGAAACUAAAAUAUUGCUGCAAUAAAUUGUCUGCAACAUCCCAAUUCAGAAAUUACAGAAUUCCUAUAGAUUUGUAUGUGCCCCUCAUCACAGCAGAUGAGUUCAGCUCUGUUCUAAUUAAUGGACAUAUCUUGCAACGGUUUAACUUAUUCCCACAUAGAAUGAGUUCCACUGUCAAGGAGACUAGUAACAGAAAAAUAACCUUAUUAAACAAAAUUAAAUAGAAAAAAAGUCCUCUAUAAAACAGUCCACUCUAACAAAUGGUUUACUAUGUAUAACAUAAAAUAUUAUCAUCAUUUAUUUGUAUAGCACCACACAAUUCUGUAUUCACAUAGGUAUAUUUACUGUAUUUAUAUGCCAGAAAGGAAGCCAGAAAUGUCAGAUGCUAUAUGGCCAGCUGUUAGGUGCCCCCCAAAAAGACAUCAGGAGUUGGCUGGAGGAGGGGCCGGCCUAACUAGAUAAAGGGACGGUCUAAGCAAAUGGAAACUCAUGAUUCAGAUAGGGAAUGUCAUUUUAAACAACUUUCCAAUUUACUUUUAUCAUCAAAUUUGCUUUUCUCCAACAUAGGUGU